GGUUUCCAUGACGCUGAGCUGUGACAUGUUCCUGGAACGAUACCCCCACGAUGAACAAACAUGUUCAAUCGUACUAGGCAGCUACAGUUACAGUAGUGAGAACGUGGAAUUCAAUUGGCACUCUCAGCCCGUGAUCAUGAGGCCGGCCUUGACCUUGCCCCGAUUCAUCCUGAAUUUUGAUAAGGUCACAGGGUGCGGAUUUGAUUUCAACCAGGACAGCAUGAUUGGCGGCAACUACUCGUGUAUUCAGGCUGACUUCCAUCUGGAGCGUGAGUUCGGCUACUACAUUGUGCAGGUGUACGUGCCGUCGGUGCUGAUUGUGAGCUUGUCCUGGCUCUCAUUCUGGAUCGACAUGGAGGUGGUGCCUGCCCGCGUCUCCCUGGGGCUGCUCACCGUGCUGGCGAUGACGACACAAAGCCAGGGCGAGAAGGCUGCGCUGCCGAGGGUGUCUUAUGUCAAGGCCAUAGAUGUUUGGCUAUCAGCGUGUCUGGUGUUUGUGUUUGCGGCGCUUCUUGAGUUUGCUUACGUCAACGUUCAGAGCCGAGUCGAAAAACGUAAACGAGAUGCCCCAGGAGAACCAGACGGAGAGAGGAAUGGGGGUGGAAAGGCGGAUACGUCACUCUCUGCUGUAACAGAGCAGAUGAAGCAUGCAUUUUGA